AUGACUAAACUAAUAUUAGACCCUUUAUCUUUGUCGUUAGAAUUUCCCAAGGCUUCAGAAUCCAGAAUACAUAGAGUUAGAAUAUUAUGUCAGGUGGUAGAGUAUGAUGAUUUGACUGCUACUCUUAAAGUGUGUCGGGUGCCUACUAUACACAAAUUGCAUACAGAAAUCAACUUAAUCGAUGAACCAACAGUAGAAGAAUGCACGUUGAAUGUAAACUUAAUAGGAGUUUUGGAUAAAGUAAACGUUGAAACAAUCAGUGUUGGCUCAAUCGUUAAUAUGGUAGGAUAUUUUAAUGGGGCAGACGUGAAUGUUAUUGAAUGCUACUCUGUUAAUGGGUCAUCCAUAAUACCAGAAAAUAAUGUGAAAGUUUUAGAGGAAAUAAGCAAAUUAAGGGAUUUUGAAUGA